AGCCUUUCUGCAUCUAUGGCAACGCACGCCUUUGCGGCACCCGGAAGGAGCAAGAGCGUCUUCGUCUCCGCAAAGUUGAGUCGCAUGGGGGACGCUCAGCCCGUUUGCAGUUUCCUGUUCAAGAAACGUCGCCCCGCGACGGGGAGGGGUCAGCGCAAGAGGCCCGGAAGCGACCGGGAGUCCGACAGCAGCAACGAUGAAGGUAGCACUGUGGUCAGGAAGGAGAGACGCAAAGAAAUUUCCAAUCCGAUGAUUCAGAAGACCAAAAGAAUUGUAAAGGACAAGACAUCCUACAGAUCAAGCAGCAGCGAGGAUGAGACCAAAUCUGAGGGCGUGGGAGUCGCAUACAAGUCUACGAGAUCUGCGAAACCAGUGGGUCCAGAGGACAUGGGGGCAACAGCCAUUUAUGAACUGGACACAGAGAAGGAGAAAGAUGCUCAAGCCAUCUUUGAACGUAGUCAGCAAAUCCAGGAGGAACUCCGAGGGAAAGAAGAUGAUAAGAUUUACCGUGGAAUCAAUAAUUAUCAAAAGUAUGUGAAGCCAAAGGAUACAUCCAUGGGGAAUGCAUCCUCAGGCAUGGUCAGAAAAGGACCCAUACGAGCCCCAGAGCAUCUCAGAGCCACAGUGCGGUGGGACUACCAACCUGACAUCUGUAAAGAUUACAAGGAAACUGGGUUUUGUGGUUUUGGAGACAGCUGUAAAUUUCUCCAUGACAGGUCAGAUUAUAAGCAUGGCUGGCAAAUUGAACGGGAGCUGGAUGAAGGACGCUACGGAGUUAAUGAUGAUGAAAACUAUGAAGUCAGUGACGAUGAUGAGGAGCUGCCGUUCAAGUGUUUUAUCUGUAGAGGCUCCUUCAAGAAUCCAGUGGUGACCAAGUGUAAACACUACUUUUGUGAGAGUUGCGCCUUGCAACAUUACCGCAAGACCCAGCGAUGUUAUGUAUGUGACAAGCAGACCAAUGGAGUCUUCAACCCCGCCAAAGAGCUAAUAGCCAAGCUGGAGAAGCACAAGGUUGAAGAGGGAGCCCAAGAGGCCGAGGAGGAACCAGAAUAGCCCUUCUCAGCUUUCAUCACUGCCUCAGAUCCCUUCCUGAAAAGCUCGUUUUGUAACUUAAAUAAAUGAACUGGUUUCUACUGGUUUGCAGUUCCAUGUGAGGUGAGGCUCUGUGGGUCAUGACCCACCUCCUGCUGCUCCCUCCAAUGCUUAAUUCUUUCACAAAGGUUAUACCCUGCCUUUCUGCCCUGAUAAGGGCCACCAAGGUAGCUAACCGAUUAAGAACAUCUUUACCUGUAUAAUUCACUAACAUGCAAAGUGUUGCAACGACAAACACUCAGCCAAUGGGCACGCAGGACAGUCCUGGGCACCUAUUGGUUGGGGGUUUGCCGUUGCACUCAAAAACUGUGGUGGGGAAGUCAUUCCUUGCAGUCUGCUGCCCCAGCCCCCCUCCCAAUGACCUCCCCAUUGCCCUGCCUGUCCUCCAACCUCCUUCCUGGGCCCUGCGGAAUACUGAUAGUAAGCUGCCAAUAUUUUGUGAGGACUGGCAGAAGCCCCCACCAUCCCCCACUCCCACCCAGGAUCAAGUCCCCCACCUCCUUUCCCAAGACCUCCAGGUGUCAGAAAGCAAGGUGAGGGGAAAAGCAGACCUGAUCUUGUAUGCUAGACACACACAGAGCAGGCCCCACAAACAGCUUGCCAACCUCCAGGUGAAGCCUGGAGAUCUGAACUUGCAAGUGACCUGUCUAGAGUCCCAUUGCAUUCAGCACAAGGGGCUUUACUACUAGUAUGUAGUAAAUUCACAUCUGAAAACCGGAGCGUGCAGGCAAGGGCACGCAUACAAAAACAUAAAAAUUAUAACACUGGGGCAGGAAGGAGGAAACACUCAAUGGGACAAAUGUCUUCUCCCACUGUGGCAAGGCAGCAGUAGAAGGGGACAGGAGACUGGCAAGAAACUGGUUCUGUUAAAAUAGUUUCUUGUGCAAUUCAAACAAUGGUUCAGGCAGAGGCCCAGAAAAAAAUGGAAGCGUCUUUCCCUGAAAACGUAGGUCAAGCUGCUUGUUGCUUCAGAGCCUCGGAAAAGGGAGGUGGGAGGUAACCCCAGACGUGGUCAUAUAAUUCGGCCUGACAGUUUCAGGGCCCUAAGAAUCUGUUAGGGUGGGUGAUUUCAUCUUGUUAGCAUCCCAGCUCAUAGGUCGAGAGUAUUUGUUUAGUAGGAUCCAGUGCAACUGCAGGACAUCUGGUCUAAUUGGCAAACACAUCUGGUUAGUUGAAUAACCUGGCUAUCAACAGACCUGACUGGGCAAGUAACAUCAUUUACUAUACCUCUGAUUGGUUAACGAAGCCAGGUUGAGCACAUAGGGACGAUCUUUCAUUCUGUUUUUGCCUAGCAACGUUAGACACACCUACCCUUUUUGUUAACAAAAUCUUGUCUUGGACUGUAAAACUCUAUUGGACUCAAGUCUUACAAGUAAUGCCAGGAUUUUAAACCAACUGUGCUCAGUUAUAGUCUAUUUUUUUAUCCUCACUGUUAACUGCUCUUUUGUUGACUAUUUCUGCCCAAUUUGAUAAUAAAACACUGUGCUUAUGUA